CGGAAUAGCUGUCAAGGGCGCUUGGCAUACGGUGACUUGUGAUCAGCUGGGUUACGGUAAAACUUCACCUGCAAAAUGACACUUCGUGAACGCAUCGAAACAUUCAGUUGAUGAUGGCUUUCACAAUCCUCUGCCGAAACCACCGUAGAAGGAGUAAAGUACUCGUACGUGCAGUUGUGACCUUGUGGAAUGCAGCAGUCCAAGCAUCAUGAAGCCUCUCAACUGCUCAGAACUCCUAGAGCGAGGCUACACGCCUACGCCUGCUGAAGCCUAUGCAGUGCUGGGCAACUGGGGUGCAGCCCUGUCGGCCAUCGAGACCCUGAUGGUGGUGACCACAGUGGCAGUGUUUCUGCACGAAUGCCACUACUUGAGUGGUUGCUGGCCUACCAGGCCUCUCGUCUACUCGGCACUUGCUCUCUCAGUCUUUCCCGUGACUUCGGUCUGUGCCUUAGUUGCCAGCGUGUUUCCUCGAGUGCACGAUGCUGCUUCCGCUGUUAUCAUGCUGUACCUCCCAUUCUCACUGGUGAUGUACUUUGAGCUGAUUGGCUGCUAUGCAGGGGGUUCAGAUCGACUGGUGCAACGGUUGAUCGACGAACAGAUGCCCCUGCGUGGUCCCCCCAUCUGCUGUGUCCUCUGGUGCUGCCCCUCGCCUUCCUUCUCCAAGAGAAGAUACGCCGUGCUGCGAGUGGUGGUGUACCAGUUGUUUUUCAUCCCACUCAUUCUCGUCAUCAUCAUCUUCAUCUGCACCCUCACGGGCAUCCACGAAGGAGACAAGAUGGAGGCAACCAAUGCAUCUCCAUACCUGAUGCUGCUCCAAGCUGGCUCCUUCCUGUUAGGCACAUACGGAUUUGUUAUAUGGGUGAAGCUGGCAGCACGGCCGCUGCCACAUUAUGCUCUACGAAAGAAGUUUACUCUCCUCCACCUGCAUUUCACCCUUACCAGGCUGCAGUUGGUUGUCUUCAAGGCCGCAGGUCUCACAGGUCACCUGCCCUGCGUGCCGCCCAUUACGUCCGUCGUUUCCGGCGUCUAUCUAAGCGGCGCCAUGUUGAUGGGCCAAGGCUUCAUGGUGUCGACGGUGUCACGCUACAUCUUCCUGCACCCACAACCGGACACGAGCGCCACACUAAACAACGUAGUUGCACCACCCUUGAGGAGCGGCCACGUCGUCUCCCCGCGGACAAGCGCACAUCAGGUGGAAGUGAAAGCGUCACUUGAGUCUUGUAAGGUAAUAGAGGGUAGUAGUGUUGCAUAGCCCAGAGAAAUGAUCUGUUGUGAGAGCCAACCUGUCCAGCAAUAACGGCUCGAUGCGAGGGUUGGAAAUAAAAGAUGCUCUGAU